CCCUAACCUUUAUUUUUUUUUUAUGAAUAACCACUUAACCAGUGAAUCAUUUUGACGGCUCUGUGGCGAAAAGGGUAAGAGAAAGAGAGAUGGUAGAUGCAACGGACUCAUGACAUGUUCACAAGCACUCAGCCAUUAAGGCCUCUAUCCAAAGAAAAGUGAAUCCCUAAAAUCUCCCAAAAUACGUUCUCAGGUAUCAGGUAUCAUCAACACUGAACCCAAAACCCUUAAUCAAAAUCCUCUCUGAUUUAAAGAGCUUCCCCACCAAAUUGCCAUGUUUUAAUCCUCAAAGAAAAAAAAAAGAAACCGAAAGAAAGUAGACACAUGGGUUUUGCUAGAAAGCCCAUGAUUCUUCCUCUGUUGUUGAUUCUCCUCACAAAUCUUAACCCAAACCACUUUGCAGAUUCUGCUGCUUCUUCAGAUUACUCCACCAUCGUCUACAAGGGCUGCUCAAAGGACACAUUCACAGAUCCAAACGGUUCGUAUUCCCAAUCACUCUCAGCACUCUUUGGAACACUGGUGUCCCAAUCCACAAGAACCAAGUUCUACAAGGCCACUUCCGGCUCAAUCACCGGCCUCUUCCAAUGCAGGGGUGACCUCACCGGCCGCGACUGCUACAACUGCGUCAGCCGCCUACCCGUCCUCUCCGACAAGCUUUGCGGCAAAACCACCGCCGCAAGAAUCCAACUCUUCGGCUGUUACAUGUCGUACGAGGUUUCGGGGUUCUCAGAAAUCUCGGGGAUGCAGAUGCUGUACAAGACUUGCGGCGGAACAACGGCUGCCGGAACAGGGUUCGGAGAACGGAGGGGAACCGCGUUCUCGUUUAUAGAGAAUGGGGUGGUUGGGGGGCAUGGAUUUUAUGCUACGAGCUACGAGAAUGUGUAUGUGAUGGGGCAGUGUGAGGGUGAUGUUGGUGACUCGGAUUGUGGUGCGUGUGUGAAGAGUGCUGUGCAGAAAGCUGAAGGUGAGUGUGGAAACGCCAUUUCUGGACAAGUGUUCUUGCACAAGUGCUUCAUUAGUUAUAGGUAUUACCCAAGUGGGGUUCCUAGAGGAGGAUCAUCUUUCUCAUAUGGUUCAUCUUCUUCAGUUCAAAAUCCUGGGAAGACAGCAGCUAUAAUAUUAGGAGGAGCAGCUGGGGUUGCUUUCUUUGUCAUAUUACUACUAUUUGCUAGGAAUUUGAAGAAGAAACAUGAUGAUUAUUGAGUAUUGACAGCAGAUGAUGAUUUUUGAGAAGAUAAAAUUCUUCUUUUGGUGGUGAAUUAUUCUUAUGUGUUCAAUUUAAUGAUGGAAGAUGGGAAGUUAGGGGUAAAUAGAGCUUGCUUGAUAGAGAAAGAAGGAUAAUUGAUGAUUCAAUGUAAUGAUUCUUGUAGUUAGUUAAUCAUUUGAUAAAUUCGUUGGGGAGGGCAAUGCGCUAAGACUAUUAUUUACCAAGUGAAAUGAAUGAAUGUCAUCCGGAAUGGAUGAAAGUUUUGGCACUUUGCCAACAGCUGAUUCUCUUUGCCACUAUUGGGGCUCCG